UGACGCAGGAUUGUGGAGGUGAGGAGGGGGAUGUUGUUGUUGUUGUGGAGUUGGUCGUGGUGACUUUGCUGGACCGGACAGGACAGGGCGGCUCGGCCGGUAUCCGCUAUCACAGCGGCACCGCACGGAUUGUCUCCCGGUGCAGCAGAAAAAUAAAGUGCAGCCCCAUCAUGGCGAGUGACGUUCUCAUGUUGAUGAGGGGCCUUGCCAAGCUGAGCCAGGCCAUUGCGGAAACCCAGACCAUGCAGAUGCGAGUGGCAGCGGCCAAGGACUGGCAAGCGUCUGCCGAAGAUGCCAUCAGUGCAGCAGUAGGAAAGGUGCAGGAUGUUGUAUCACGGCAAGAAAACCUGUCAGGAUUAGACAAGGAUUUCACUUCGAAGUGGAGUCUCGAUGGUGAGGCCUACGAGGAGGGGACGCAAGACUUCACCACAGCCACCCAACAGCAGCAGGUGGCUGUUGACCCCACGGCAUUUGACCCAGCGUCUCCUGAGAAACACACUGGGCGCUCCACUGGACAAUCUGGGGACUCGAGCAGUCCCUUCUCGUCUGGAACCCAGAGGCGGUCCUUCCAUCAAGACCACCGUUCUGUCAGUGGGUUAACUGCUGAAGACAUCGACAAGGCUCGAGAGGCCAAAGUGUCUCCUACAGACAAACCUUACAGACAGAUGCUGAGCGAGCGAGCACGUGAACGCAAAGUACCAUCCACUCGAAUCGGCCGACUGGCGAAUUUUGGAGUUUGCCUUUCUCCAGAUGAAGCUUUCAUCAACCCUCAGCUGCAGAAGAUAUUUGAACGUGCUCGACAGAGUGCUGACUUCAUGCCCAGCAAACAGAUGAUGAAGGUGCUGAGCAGUGACCUGGGGCCUAAUUGGAAAGAUCAGCUGGAGUUUUUCGAAGAUCGACCAUUUGCAGCAGCUUCCAUUGGCCAGGUCCAUCUGGCAAAGCUGAAAGAUGGCAGGGAGGUGGCUAUGAAGAUCCAGUAUCCUGGAGUUGCUCAGAGUAUUGCCAGUGAUGUUGCUAACCUGAUAACAGUAAUGAACAUGAGCAAUGCUCUACCUGAAGGUUUGUUUCCUGAGCAUAUGAUCGAAGUGAUGAGCCGUGAGCUCUCCUUGGAAUGUGAUUAUGAAAGGGAAGCAAGGUGCUAUAAGCAGUUCAGGGAGCUGGUGAAGGAUGACCCUUUCUUCUAUGUGCCACAUGUUAUUGACCAUCUGAGCAGCAAACAUAUCCUCACCACAGAGCUGGUCCCAGGCUUCCCACUGGACAAGACAGAGGAACUGAGCCAAGAGAUCAGAAACUAUAUCAGUGAGAACAUCCUGAGGCUCUGUCUGCAGGAACUGUUUGAAUUCCGAUUUAUGCAGACUGACCCAAACUGGUCCAACUUUUUCUACAAUCCGCAGACUGGCAAGGUGGCCUUAUUAGACUUUGGAGCUACAAGAUGGUUUGAUGAAGACUUCACUGACACUUACAUUGAAAUUGUGCGUUCUGCAGCAAAUGGGGACAGAGAACAGGUGCUGAAAAAUUCGAUUGAAAUGAAGUUUCUUACUGGCUAUGAAACAAAGGUUAUGCAAGAUGCCCAUGUGAAUGCAGUGAUGAUCCUUGGCGAAGCUUUUUCAUCAACAGAGCCCUUUGACUUUGGACAUCAGAAUACCACCAAGCGGAUCCAUAGUCUGAUCCCCAUCAUGCUGCAGCAUAGACUAGUUCCUCCUCCUGAGGAGACCUACUCUCUCCACCGCAAGAUGGCUGGUUCCUUCCUUAUCUGCAGCAAGCUCAACGCAAAGAUUGCCUGCAAGCAUUUGUUUGAGGAUGCCUACCAGAAGUACUGGAGCAGAAAGGCCAAGCAAGGAGGCACCCCCCCUUAAAACAAAACGGCCUGCCUGCCUGUAGCAGGAUUAGGGUCGGGUUGGAGGUGAAGAGCAACAGGGAAUGGAAGAAGCUCCUGAGCAAAACACCUUACUGUGUUUCCUUUUCUUAAAGGGAAUUGCAGAGACAAUUUUUUUUCAAAACAGGAAAAUUCCACUGAACACAGGAUUGCACUAAACAAGCAAGUGUGUGUUCCUUAACAGCAAAAGAGGAAUUAUGUUUGGGGAAAGUUUCCACUGCUCCUAAGCAGGGAACAUUUAACUGUAUUAAUUAAUUGAAUUUGUAUCAUACAUACUGAAGUGAUUAGUGAGGAAAUGAUGAACAGUUGAAUUACUUUAGAAAUCAUCAAUUUUUUUUGUAUACCUAUCAUGCUGAUUCAAUUAAAGAAAUCAUGUUUGUGA